AUGACGCUUCGAUCGGUUCAGCGGUCGCAGCGCCGAAGCUCCACCGGCGCGCAGCCAGCGCAACGGACACCCAGCCACAACGAGAAGCGCAGCGGCACGCCAGAUGCGGCGCGCGCGGGGGUGAGGUACAAGCGGAGGAAGACCCUCAGCGACGCUCGCGCAACGCGCGGGCGAUCCGCCGAAGAGGCCGAUGACAGCGAGCGACCGGCUCGACGCGCCUCGCUGCGCGUCGCGGGAGGCGGGAAAGACGGCGCGAAGAAGGCGAAGCGGAAGGAGCGGGAGGAGAAGCCGGUGUCGUUAGUUCUCCCGCCAAUUCCCAGCAGCGCCGGCCCGUUGUUCCAAGUCCGCGCCGGCCUCACAGGUCGCGCCUCCCUCCGCCUCUCCCUCUCACCUCUCUUCCCAACGCCACACAGGCGAACCAACCAUCUCGUUUCCGUCUUCCCAUCUGAUGCUGACGUGGCACCAGACUUCAGAGCGCGCCAGCUGGCGAUGGCGGUGGAGGCGGGCGUCACGAGCGAGGUGGUGUGGGCGCUCAACGCGCUGCAGCUGAUCAGCUUCUCUCUCAAGGACACGUGGCAGCAGGGGGCUGGCCCGCUCAGCAAGGCGCCACAACUGCUUUCAGCCUUAGUAUCAGUGGUACUGGUCUUGCACGCCUCAUCACCGCUUUGCACCCCACCUAGCCGAUCGUCGUGUCUGCCUACAUCCGUUCUCGUCCCUUCGCUUCGUUCACUCACAUGUGCUGCUCUCCGCCACCCAAUUCUCCACCCCACACCCGCAACCUCCCAUUUGCCCCCCCCCACCUUUCUUCUCCGCCGCCCUCUUUCCCGCUUUACCGCCACCCGCCUUGCCACUCCUUUCGAAACUCCUCAGGUGGCGUCGUGGCGCGCCUGCUCGCUCGAAAUAACUGACGCUGCCACGUGGCGAGCCAUGAGAGGAGGGCCCGAGGGCGGCGGCCCAGCCGACAGUGAACCCCCUGGGAGGGGCGGUGGCGGCAGCAGGAGCAGCGGAUCGGGGCGGCUCUCGCGCGUGCUGCAUGACCCCCUAGGGGAGCGCAUUCGCACCUACUUCCCGCACUCCGCGGGUCCGCCCCUGCCUGCGCGCCCCAUCUCCGCCCUGCACCCGCCAUCCGCGGACGACCCUCUUGCCUCCGCUGCUGCUGGCGCUGGCGGUAUGAGCGCGUAUGGGCGCGGGCACAGGGGAGGCGGGGUAGAGUCGCGCGGGGGGGAAGCAGGUGGGGAGGCGGGCGGAGGGAGGGGGGAGGAUGGGGGAGUCGUGGCGGGAGUGGGGGUGGGGGGGAAGGCGGAAGGGGACGAGGUGGGGGACGGGGGUUGCGGGGAGGCGGGGCUGAGUGCAGAGGAGCGGGAGGUGUGGUGGGCGGAGCGGGCACUCUUCAACCACAGCAGCAGCGCCAGCAGCACCGGGGGAGGCAGGGGCGGGGGCAGCAGUGCGGGGGAGCGGGUGCAGUGUGCAGUGGCGGCGAGCAGUGUGCUGCGCAACCUCUCCUUCCUGCCGCACUGCGCCUCCGCCAUGGCCACCCUGCCCGCGUGUGUGGCCAUGCUCGUGGGCGCCCUGGAGGACUUUCAACGCGAGGACGAGGAGGUGGUGAGCAACGCAGUCGACACGUUCGCCAACAUCGCAGCCGCCAUCGACCUCUCCUCCUACCCCGCCCACCAACCGCCCCUCCCCUCCUCCGCCACCCCCCUCUCCUCUGCGCUGCCAGCGACGUUCUCGUCAGCAGCACCUGCCCUGCCCGCCUCUCUCACUCGCUCCGCAGCGGCGCACCCCGGGGGGGACACGGGCCCGCAUGGCAUGGCAGUGGGGGCUUCUGGGAGUGGUGCGGAUGGUGGCGCUGAUGCUGCUGCUGGGGGCGAAGGGUGUCGUGGAGUAAUGAGUGUGGAGAGGGUGCUGGGGGCGCUGGCGGUGCUGCUGCAGGGCCCCGUGGUGGCGUGGCAGGCGGCAGCAGCGGAGGCGUGGGGGCGCCUGCUGCUGUGCCGCGAUAACGACCUGCUGCUGCUCCCCGCCGCCGGGCCCCUGCAGGCGUGGGCGCACCUGCUGCUGUGCCGCGACAAUGACCUCUUGCUGCUGCCCGCCGCUGGCUCCCUGCAGGUGUGCUGGGGUUUGUGGGGUGUGCUGUGGGGUAUGGGGUGUGGGGGGGGGGUAUGGGGUGUGCGGUGGGGUAUGGGGUGUGUGGUGGUGUGGGGAUGGGGUGUGUGGUGGGGGGAUGGGGUGUGUGGUGGUGGGGGUAUGGGGUGUGUGGUGGUGCGGGGAUGGGGUGUGUGGUGCAGGGAUGGGGUGUGUGGUGGAGGGAUGGGGUGUGUGGUGAGGGGAAGGGAUCCUCCCCUUCACCCCCUUUCCUCCCCCCCCACCCCCCUUCCUUCCCCCCCCACCCCCCUUCCUUCCUCCCAACCCCCCUUUCUCCCCCCCCACCCCCGUUUCCCUCCCCCCCACCUCCCUUCCUCCCCCCCCCACCCCCCUUUCUCCUCCCACAGUCUUCUCCCGCGCCUGCUUGCGCUGGUAACCGCACCGCACCCAUUACAGCGAGUGGUGCGGCGGGCAGCAGCAAUGCUACUGUGUCUGGCAAGGGAGCCGCGCACACACGCCGCCUUCCAACCCCUCCUCUCCUCCCUCACCCGCGCUGCCUUCGCCUCCGCCCCUCCUGCCCCUCAUGCUGCUGCUGGUGCUGCUGGUGCUGGUCCUGCUGCUGGUGCCGCGGUGGGUGAUGCUGCUGCUGCAAGUGGUGGUGGCAAGGAGAAGGGCGGUGGGGAAGCGGAGGUGAGUGCGGCGCUGGCAGAGGUGGUGUGGCGCGUGUCGUGUGAGCCGGGGGCAGAUGACUGGCGCUUGCCUCAAGGGGAGAAUGUGUGGGGCGCACGAGAGUGUGACAUGUGA